AUGACCAGUUGCUGUCAGCUCACGCAUUGUGUGCAUCAAGUUCUAGUAAGUUAUAAACAGAACAGCGACAAAGUUUCCUGCAAGUUUGCUUUAACUCCUAAGCAGAUGAGCUUUUCCUUACCUGCAUCAUCAAUUUGGCCUUCAAAUUUUCAACUGCUAAAUAAUGAUGCUAAAGGCAACAUGCGCAUCAAAGGCAGUGGAAAUUAUUCCUGCAAGCUGAAAUUCAAAGAGCAAUCAAUUAUAGAUCGCAAUCCACAUCAGGUGAAAAGAACUUAUCCUAAAUGGGACAGAGAGGGUGUAUAUCCAUCUUUAACCCCAGAAAUGAAAGUUGUGGUCAAGGAAUUGACAGAGAACAUUCAGCAAAUAUUGGAUGCUGUUAGGUCUUCUACAGUUGUUGAAGUUCAGGGUGAUAAAAUCAGGAAACGCGAUGAUUCGGUAAAAUGGACAAUGCCACCUUCUGUUCAGUUUUCACCUGCAUCAGACUCGCUACCUCCCAUGUCUCCAACUAUUGCUACAUUGCCAGCACAUUUCCAAAAUGUUAAAGUUAAUGAGAAGACCAUUGAUCAAAAUCAUCCCAAGGGUCAGAUAGAUGUUAAUGCUGCCACAAUCUUAAGCUCAUCCUCUGGGGUUUCGCAUAACCCGUUACAUACUGUCAUGGAUGGGGAAAGUUCAAAUGGGCGUUGAUCACCUGGAUCCGCUUCAUUGUGUCAACCAACACCAUUAUUGAACGUAGGAAGAGGGAAUGACCUUUGGUGAGUCUAAUCUGUUUAUUCAAAAUUUUAUUAGAGUAUCAAACACUCCGGAAAAAUAGUUUUUCAAAAAAGGAAAAAAGUUUGAGAGAUACAACUGAAAAGAUAGA